AUGCCCGCCGCAGACUUCGCCGCCGCCCAGGAGCGCAUAGCAGCCCGUCGCGCCCAGCGCGCUGCCAACCAACGUGCCCAUCAUGAACAGCCACCCGUACGCGCAUUGUCGCGCCUCCCUUUUCCAUUUGGGGGACUGAGCUCUGCGGGCCUGAGUGCCUGGGACGCCAUCAAGGGCCGCUCAGGCACGAGGCCCGAGUUUAGAGUUGGCCAGGUCGACGCGGAGUUGCUAGACGACGAGCUCCUCUCCCUGCUCAAACAGCAAGUUGGCGACGCGCUGAAAUACUUCGGCACCCACAUUACUGAUUCAUACGAAGCCGAGAUACUGCUGGGACUGAGACUGGUGCUCUUCAAGCUCAGCAUCUGGGAUCAAAAUGCCUCCUACGGCGCACAUCUCCAAGGCCUGCGCUACACAGACGCGCGCUCGACAGCAUCGAAUCGGCCGCCGCCCAAGCCGUGGCAGAAAAUUGCCUACGGGGCGAUUACGGUUGGAGGGAGAUAUGCGUGGACAAAAUGGGAAGACCACCUCCUGUCAUCCUCUGAAGACUACACGCGCCCAGAAUCACAUUCCCUCAAACUUCUAUCCCGGAUAUCAGAGCUGGCGAACUCAGCACACGACAUUGCCUCUUUGGCCUCGUUCCUCGUCUUCCUCGUCAACGGUCGAUACAGAACCAUUACAGACCGGCUCCUACGCCUUCGCCUGACGCCUACAAGUCACUCUACCUCCCGCGAAGUGUCGUUCGAGUACCUAAAUCGCCAGCUCGUUUGGCACGCCUUCACCGAAUUCCUUCUAUUUCUACUACCAUUGGUGGGCAUAUCGCGCUGGCGAAGAAUACUCGGGCGAACCUGGCGGAAACUGCGUUCCUCCCUUCUCUCCCUGCUCGGCCGCGGCCAGAAACCUUCAACAGAUGAUGAGGACGAAGAGGCUGGAAAGGGGGGAGAACUCGGGUUCCUCCCUGAACGCACAUGCGCCAUCUGCUACCGCGACCAAAACCCCACCACCGCCAGCGAAGCCGACAUCAUGGCCUCCUCCGCGGGCGGAGGCGGCGUCGUCGGAUCCGCUGCAACAGACAUUACGAAUCCGUACGAGGCGAUGCCAUGCGGAUGUAUAUACUGCUUUGCAUGCCUAGCUCAACGGAUCGCCAACGAAGAGGGCGAGGGCUGGACAUGUCUGCGCUGCGGCCAGGUAGUUCGCGAAUGCAAGUCAUGGAACGGCGACAUAAUCGAGCCGCAGCAACAACAACGCACAUUCUCCCGCUCGUCGUCGGAGCGGCCCACGACUGGAAAGAGCGUCGGCUUUGCUACGCGCGACAACGCCUCAUCCUCAUCCUUCACAGACGAGAAAGAGGCCCUGCAACACGUCGAUCCCAUCGAAGACGUUUCAGGCUCAACGGCUAGCGAGCUGGCAUUUUCAGGCGUCGAGCACACGAGGGGUUUGGAUCUAGGCGACUCGCUCUUCACCGAGAGCUCAGAGUGGGCACGGGCUAGUGACGAGCAGAGUAGUAGCGAGGAAGAUGAGCAAAGCGAAGAAUACGAUGAGGAUGAAGAGGAAGAGGGCGAGGAGCUCGGAGGCUAUGAUUAUGAUCAGUAA